GACGUUCCAACUUUUCAGGCGACGCUACAAGUCAUCAUGCAGUUACCUUAAGCUGCUUUCAUUGCCACAAGGAUGAUGAAGCUGAUCCUGAUUAUCUUGGUCUUUCUUCCAAUCGGUAUGGCCUUCCAUCCCCGAUUCGUGGGAACUGUGCAGAACGUGACCGUCCAGAAGGGACGGGAGGCGGUGCUAUCCUGCGCCGUGGAGAACCUACGCACCUACAAGGUGGCCUGGGUGCGGGUGGACACGCAGACGAUCCUCACCAUCCACCGGACGGUGAUCACGCGCAACGCGCGCGUCACGUUGACGCACGGCGGCCGCGCCCGGUGGCACCUGCACAUCGCCCAGGCGACGGAGGACGACCGCGGCCUCUACAUGUGCCAGAUCAACACAGACCCGAUGAUCGCGCAGACCGGAUACCUGCAGGUGGUCGUGCCGCCGCGAAUUCACGACGCCGGCAGCAGCACGGACAUGAUCGUGAAGGAGACUCGUGACGUCAGCCUGGUGUGCCGCGCCUCCGGUUACCCACAGCCGAGCGUGCAGUGGCGCCGAGAGGACGGCACAGCCAUACAGCGUGCGCAGGGCAGAGAGCUGUCGGCCGUCACCGUGGUGGACGGCUCGGAGCUGAACAUCACCCGCAUCAGCCGCCUCCACAUGGGCGCCUACCUGUGCAUAGCCAGGAACGGCAUCCUGCCGGCCGUCAGCAAGCGGGUCUACGUCAAGGUGCACUUCGGGCCGAUGAUGCUGGUCUCCUCCCAGCUGGAGUCGGCGUACGUCGGCCAGCGCAGCAAGCGGCUGCAGUGCGAGACGGAGGCGUUUCCGCGCUCCAUCAACUACUGGACCAACGGGCAGGGCGAGAUGAUCACGGCAGGCCCUAAAUUCGAGAUAAAAUCGGUUGAGACUUCUGUAUACAAAGUAUCAAUGAUCCUGACCAUCAUGGACAUCCGCAAGGAAGACUUCCAGAGCUACAAAUGUGUGGCGAAGAACUCAUUAGGAGAAGUUGAUGGCGUCAUAUCUCUGGACGAGGAACCGGCUCCGACAACGUUCAGCACGACUAAAAUAAGCCACCAUAUGUUCACUCCUCCCUCCGAGCGCGCGCCGGCGGCGACGGCCGACGAGCCAGGCUCGUCCCAGCGGGUGCCCAGCCAGAGGGAGGUGGAGCUGCGGCAGCCCGGCCAGACUCAGGCCCGGCCCGACCACACGCACAUCGACGCUGACUCGGGCAAUAUUUCGGAGAACAAGUACACGUUCGGGACAGCCGGAGUCCUCAUCAAGCUUCACCGACCCAGUCGCCGUCUUGCUCGGGUUCAUGUUUCUGCUCUGCAGCCGCAGCUGAUCGUGCUCUCAUGA